GAUUUCAUUUCUAACCAAUAUAUUGUUGCAGUUAUGUGUUCGAUACGUGUAUUUUACAUCUACCUCACCCUAGUUGUGCCGUGGGCACUGGCACAGAGCCACGUGAAGCAGGAGGGUGCUCCGAUUCAAUCACACAGUAGUCGUCCAUAUGAGAACAUAGCGUUUACCGUUCUAAUACCAGCCAGAAGCGAAGAAUGCUUUUACCAAGACAUUCCAGCUGAGACUAGUAUAAUGAUAGAAUAUGAGGUUUUGCAAUAUGGUUUGGGAAGAAAAACUCAUGUCAUUGACUUCACUGUAAUGAUUUACGAUGAAAAGUUGGAGACGAUUAAACAAAAGCCAAAGGGAACGUUCAAAGCAAAAACAACCGAGGAAGGUGUGUUGUCAUUGUGUUUUGACAAUGAAUUCAGCGUACUCAGCCACAAGAGAUUGUAUCUAUCUCUCAUGAUAUUUAAACGCGGUCAGUGGAUAAAGAAUAUUGAAAUGAAUCGUGAAAAAUUAAAGAUUGAAAAACAAAAAUUAGGAGAAAUGGUAACAGAAAUGAGCAGCUCCACGAAAUCAUUGGCAGAGAAGCUCUACACUAUCGGUGAGAACAUGGAUACCUCUAUUAUGCAGCAGCAAUAUCGCAGACAAAUAAUGAAGAAGGAUAUGUUUAUUGUCACCAGUAAUAUGUCAUACAUACAAAACUGGUCAAUAGCUCAAUGUGUCAUUAUCAUCAGCGCAUCGAUUGUACAAGCGUAUUUUGUACGAAAUUUGUUUAAUGUCAAGAACGUUAAACUUUGCGGAAGACUAGAUGUGUUACGUGGAAUACUGGCUGUACUACGUGGAAGACCAGGUGUGUUACUUGGAAUACUUGAUGCACUUCGCGGAAGACCAGGUGUGUUACCUGGUAUACUUGAUGUACUUCGCGGAAGACCAGGUGUGUUACCUGGAAUACUUGGUGUACUUCGCAGAAGAUCAUCUGUACUACGUGGAAUGCUGAUUGUACUUCGCGGAAUACCACUUAAGCUACCUGAAAUACACCAUACACUUCGCAGAAGGCAUG